AAGCGUAAAUAAAACAUGCUAAUUUUAAACUUAUGUUUAUCCAAGAUAGAAAGAGAGCAAAAAAUCGUUGAUAACUUCACAUCAAAAAAGUCGUUUGAUUCUUUUCGCUUGGUCGAUUUUUUAACUCAUUUACAAGAGUUUAUCUUAAUAUUCUUCGAUUGCAUAACUUUUACGUUUAUCUAGGUCGUAUUUAAUACGGUACAACGAUGAAAAUGUGUUAGUUCGCAAAGAAAACGUGAAACCAUGGCACCUAUUAAAGAGGAUAACCUCACAGCCGUUUUAUACGGUAUCAACGAUAUUCGUUUGGAACAACGACCAAUUCCAGUACCCGGAGAUAAUGAUGUUUUAUUACGGAUGGAAUCUGUUGGAAUUUGCGGUUCGGAUGUUCAUUAUUUAACAAGAGGCGAAAUUGGACCGUUUGUUGUAAAACAACCCAUGAUAAUUGGUCAUGAAGCUUCUGGAACAGUUGCUAAAAUUGGUAAAAAUGUGAAACACUUAAAACCAGGUGAUAGAGUUGCUAUAGAACCGGGAGUUCCUUGCAGAAUAUGUUCAUUUUGUAAAGAAGGUCGCUACAAUUUAUGCCCAGAUGUAAUUUUUUGCGCAACACCUCCAGUUCAUGGAAACUUGGGUCGAUACUAUGUUCACGCAGCCGACUUUUGCUUCAAACUCCCAGACAACGUAUCUUUAGAUGAAGGCGCAUUAUUAGAACCACUUUCAGUUGGAGUCCACGGUUGUAAAAGAGCUGGCAUAACAGUGGGAUCAAUCGUCUUAGUAUUAGGCGCAGGCCCCAUCGGUUUAGUCACGAUGAUGUGCGCAAAAGCUUUCGGAGCUUCAAAAGUUUUAAUCACCGACGUUUUCGAUCAUCGCUUAAAACUAGCUAAAGAACUCGGCGCCGAUUACACUUUACAAAUUAAUGUGGACGCAUCCACCGAUGAUUUAGCCAAAAAAGUAAUCGAAACUCUCGGUUCCGAACCGAACGUAAGUAUGGAUUGUUGCGGGGCCCAACAAAUGGUUCAAUUGGCAAUGAAAGCAACGAAAAGCGGCGGUGUUGCCGUAUUAAUUGGAAUGGGGCAGAACGAAGUGACUUUACCAUUAACGAGUGCGUUAAUUCGCGAGGUUGAUAUCAAAGGAAUUUUUAGAUACGCAAAUGAUUAUCAAACUGCGUUGGAUUUGGUUGCCAGUGGAAAAGUGAAUGUAAAACCGUUAGUUACGCAUCAUUUUAAAAUUGAGGAAACGGUGGAUGCUUUUGAAACGGCUGUUAAAUCAUUGGGGAAUCCCGUAAAAAUUAUGAUUCACGCAAAUCCCGAAUGGAAAGAUUAAAAUUAUGAAGCUGCAUUUAUUUUUUUAUAAUUAAAUCAGUUUUUAUAAAGAAAAUCGACUCCUUUAGUUGAUUUUUCAAUCCAA